AUGGAUUCACUCAGUUAUCUCAAUUGGAAGAGGCCUUUCACCUGCUCAAAAUGUGGAAAAGGAUUCACUGAUCCAUCCAACCUACAGAGACAUCAACGAGUUCACACUGGGGAGAAGCCAUUCACCUGCUCAGAAUGUGGGAAAGAAUUCACUGAGUUAUCCAACCUGCAGAGUCACCAGCGAGUUCACACUGGGGAGAAGCCGUUCACCUGCUCAGAGUGUGGGAAAGGAUUCACUGAUUCAUCCACCCUACAGAGUCAUCAGCGAGUUCACACUGGAGAGAAGCCGUUCACCUGCUCAGAAUGUGGGAAAGGGUUCACUCAUUUAUCCAACCUACGGAGACACCAGAGAGUUCACACUGGGGAGAAGCCAUUCACCUGCUCAGAAUGUGGGAAAGGAUUCAGUGAGUCAUCCACCCUAUUGGUACAUCAGCGAAAGCCGUUCACCUGCUCAGUCUGUGGGAAGAGAUUCACUGAUCCAUCCAACCUACAGAGUCAUCAGCGAGUUCACACUGGGGAGAAGCCAUUCACCUGUUCAGAAUGUGGGAAGGGAUUUGCACAGUCAUCCCAACUACUGAGUCAUCAGCGAGUUCAUACUGAUGAGAGACCAUUCCCCUGCUCAGUCUGUGGAAAGAGAUUCACACAUUCAUCCACCCUACAGAGACACCAGCGAGUUCACACUGGGGAGAAGCCAUUCACCUGCUCAGUCUGUGGGAAGAGAUUCACUCGGUCAUCUGACCUACAGAGUCAUCAUCGAAUUCACACUGGGAAGAAGCCGUUCACUUGCUCAGAAUGUGGGAAGAGAUUCACUCAUUCAUCCACCCUACAGAAUCACCAGCGAGUUCACACUGGGGAGAGGGCAUUCCCCUGCUCAGUAUGUGGGAAGAGAUUCACUCGCUCUUCCACCCUGCAGAGACAUCAGCAAGUUCACAAUGGGGAGUGGCCAUUGUUAUGAAUCCCUAGGUUUCAUUUGCUGUGGACUGUCAUUUGAAGAGAGAGACAGAGAUUAAGAAGGUGAAUCAGUCUGACUUACAGCUUAUUUACAUCGCUCGCAGCUUGUUUAGUUUUAACCGAUGACACAGACACUCAGAGUCAG